CCUCCGCAGGCAUCUCACCCGAGGAAUCGGGUCGAUAUCUGAUAUCCGAAUCUCAAUGACAUUUAAUAUUUUUGUAUGAAAACAAAAUUUUUGGUUUUGGAAGUCUCGGAAAUAUUUGAUAAAUGAGUAGAGAGUCCAAAAUAAUGACUAAUGAUUUAUUUCUGUGAUACAUUGUCAAGCUUUUGCAAACGAUCAAUGAUCUUGCGUGGAUUUAUUAAUAAUCGCUCAAUAAUCGGUGAUACUGUAAAAAUGGGGUGAUCUCGAGUGUGACUUUUAUAAUAACAUAUUGUGUAAUAUUUCCGUUCCGUUGGGAAAUGGCCAAUAAACGUUUAAGCAAGUUGUCAAAGUUGAAAUCCAGCGAGCUAGAACCAGAUGAACAAAGUUUGGCAGACGAAGACGGACAUGCUUUUAGUCUAAGUGGAGUUCUGUCGUUAGCAACAGAAGAAAACAUGAACAGUUUAUAUACAAAUGGAAAAGGUAUGUUGUAUUAAAUUGUAUUAGGCAAAUUGUAUAAUUAUAAUCAACAUUUCGAUCAAUGAACAAUGGUAUAGACAAUAUCUUUACCCUAUCAAAUAGCCCUAGGGGAUUUACCCUUCUCUGUUAACAGUUAUUCUCCUAAAACAGAUUACAUUUUACAUGUUGUCAAGUUAUAUUUACAUCCACAUAAUUUGACAAUAUGAUUGUAUAAACAAAAUUAUUACUUCCUGGUGUCAUCCAGUUUUGGCUUAUUAAAGCUUUUUAAGCCCCUAAUGCUUCCUUCAUCCUGUCUAAGCUAUCUAGUGAUGUAAUUAAUCUGAAUAGAAGCUAUAAGAUGACCAUCUGAAUUCUAAAAUGACCAUCUGAUUUCUAAGAUGGACGACUGAUUCAAAGAUGGCGAUGCCUAUCUGAUUUCUAAGAUGGAUGUCGGAAUAAUUCUAGCUAAGAUCAGAUAGCUGUCUAAAUUCUAUGAUGGCUAUCUGACUCUAAUUUAACUGCCUGAAUUUCAAGAAUUCCUGUUGCUCAGAAAAAUUAAUCUUAAUUUUCUCUAAUAGAGAGGACAAACAGUGUUGACAAUGCAUCUGGUGAUGACGAUGGUUCAGAUGACAGUUAUGAUAAAUUGCAAUCAAUUUCCUCAAUGAGCAACAGCAUAUCACGUGGACUAAGCAUCUCGAUUAUUAAACAGAAAACAGUUAAAGUGAACUUCGAUAUUCUUGACACAAGGAUAACUGGUCGCCGCAAACAUGUUGUAAGUAACUGUUGUAUACUUUCAUUUUUUUAAAAUUUAACCAACUAAUGCCCCUUAAUUAACUGUGCAAUAAAUUAUGCAUGAUAAAUUAUGUGCAAAAAAUCCUUUUGGCUGUUGUUGGUUAUACAAUUUAUCUAACAUACCCAGGCUACAAGAAAAUGGCUGAACAUUCUUUGAAAUAUAACCCAAUUUAAUAUAAACAUUCAAGGGUGCAAACAAUUUCCACCUUUCAAAAUUCACAUUUUGUUAACCCAUUAAGCACCAGCGCUCUCCCCUUGACGAGUAAAAUCGUCUGGCAUUAGACAGAGUAAAAUACUAAAGUAGGGUGCAUCAGGGUGCAAUGCAACUCAAUGGGUUAACUAGACACAUGGGCAGAUAGGCCAGUUAACCCAUUAAGCACCAACGCUCUCCCCUUGACAAGUAAAAUCGUCUGGUGUUAGACAGAGUAAAAUACUAAAGUAGAGUGCAUCAGGAUGCAAUGCAACUCAAUGGGUUAAUUGGCAAAAUUUGUGGACCAAUUGUAGGGUUUAAUUACCCUUUUAGUGGCAUUGCCCUACGUUGUUAUUUUACUCUAACAUCAGAUAAUUUAGCUUGUCGAGAGGAGAGUGCUGCCACUCACUGGGGGUUAAUGUGUAAACCAUGCCAUCUGCCUGUAACAAGCAAUGUUCCCCAAUGCAGUUUAAUUUGUUAUGGUCAAUAUAACACCAGACAAUUUUCUUGUCAAUUUGGACGUAUUGAACAUAAAUGCACUACCAGUAAUGACCUACAGUCCUAUCCUAGCAAAACAGGCAACUCACUAUAAGUGUCAAAUAGCAAAGAGAACACAAUGACAAGAACUAUAAAGUGAGUUGUUUUUCCAUAUUCUGCUAUAUAGCUCUAUACACUGGUUGUGACAAGAACUCCAGGGCUCGACAGCGACAAGGCCAUCAUUGAACGCAGAUAUUCUGAAUUUCUCAAACUUUACAAAGAACUGAAGAAAUCAUUCCCAGAUUUCAUGGAAACAAUUAAAUUUCCAGAAAAGAAAAUCACCGGAAACCUAAAGGAUUCUGUGAUCAGCGAGCGAAAGAGACUUUUGCAAAAUUUCAUUCAAGACAGUCAUGAAAAUGAAGACAUAAGAAACUCAGAUAUUUUCAAAAAGUUUUUUUAUAUUGAGUCCCUACAACAAGGUUGCCAGUAUAUUUGUGGUGGUAUGUUUGAACAGGCCCUGAAUUUUUUACUAAAUGGUCUUCACUUGCAACAAAAGUUGGCUCUCGAUUCAACCAAUGAGGUUAUUGAAACUUUGUGUAGUAUCAUUGAAUGUUACACGUCUUUGAAGAGUUAUGACGAAGUAGUGAAAUAUAGUAACGCCUCACUGGAAUUGAUAGAAGAUGAUAUAUCCAGUAUUUAUCUGGUACCACUCUUACAAACAUUGAAGAAUGCUUAUGUGGUGCUGGGUGAAAAUACAGAUGAAAUUGAGAAACGCUUGAGGGAAGUUGUGAAUGUGAAUCAAAUUGAAAUUGAGCAUUUACCCUCAUUAAGAGAACUGGCCGUCAAAAGAUUUGCAAAAAGAUGAACCGUUAUUAGAAUAAAAACCUUUGCAAAAACCUUUGUAAUAGUCGGCCGGCCAACUGGUGGCAAAAAGUGCCUCUAAAGAGAGUUUGAUGGCAACUUUAUGUUAGAAGCUGGUAACAGGCAUUUUCUUAUAGUUCAAGCCUUGGUGAAUAAGACUGUGUGUGUUACCACUUCUGAUUUUUGCUUUAUAGCCAAAAAUUUGAGAAUUUUAAAAUUUUGCCUAUUAAAUUACUAUGAUCGGAAAAAAUGUAAAAUUUCGUGUUCUCUUAUACGAAA